AUGGUGGCCCGGAGUGUCCUCUGGAUCCUGUUUGGAUUGCUGCUGUGGCCGGAGCCUGGGACAGCGACCCUGCCUCUGCUCAUGGACUCUGUCAUCCAGGCCCUGGCUGAGCUCGAGCAGAAGGUACCAGCCACCAAGGCCAGGCACACUACUUCUGCGUGGCAGCUGUUAGCCCAGGAGUCAGGUCCCCACGAUCUUCUCCAUCACUUCCUGCUGGAGGGGCAGAGUCUCAAGGUCACCAAGCUAGACGCCCACCAACUGAGCCCAGAGCUUCGAGGUCUAACCAAGGACGUGGCCCAGCACGGUAUUCGGGGCAUGCAAGAAUAUGGAGUUGUGCUGGCACCAGAUGGCUCAACCGUGGCUGUGGAGCCCCUUUUGGCGGGGCUGGAGGCGGGGUUGCAGGGGCGCAGGAUUGUAAACCUGCCCUUGGACAGCACGGCCAGCCCUCUGGAUGCUGGAGCCACUUUUCCAGACACUGAAGCUAUGGUUCCCGAUGUAAGAGCCACAUCUCCAGGGUUCAGGGACGCCCUUCCAGAUGUCAUCUCUGCAGAUGUUGGAGCCAUCUCUCCAGAUGUCCCGGUCAUCUCUCCAGAUGUCCAAGCUUCCUCACCGGGUACCAGAGCCAAAUCCCCGACCACAGUGGACAGCCUGCUGGUGGUCACCCUGGCCAGGGACCUGGGUCUGGCCUUCCUCCAGGACCCUCAGACCUCGAGUCAUUUAGGCCUGGGAACCGAGGGUUGCUGGGACCAGCUAUCUGCUCCCCGGACCUUCACACUCUUAGACUCCAAGGCAUCGCCAGUCACCAUGGCCUUCCUCAAUGGUGCCCUGGAUGGGGCCCUCCUAGGAGAGUAUCUAAGCCGAACUCCUGAGCCCCGGCCACCUCUCAGCCACCUACUGAGCCAAUACUACGGAGCAGGGGUAGCCGGAGAUCCAGGACUUCGCAGCAACUUCCGACGGCAGAACGGAGCUGCUCUGACUUCAGCCUCUACACUGACCCAGCAGGUGUGGGGGGCCCUGAUUCUGCUACAGAGGUUGGAGCCAACACACCCUCAUCUUCGGGGCAUGGGCCAAGAACAGCUGGCACAGGUAGCAGCCAACGCUACCAAGGAAUUCACUGAGGCCUUCCUGGGGUGCCCGGCCAUCCACCCUCGUUGCCGCUGGGGCGCAGCGCCGUAUCGAGGCCACCCGACGCCGCUGCAGCUGCCCCUCGGGUUCCUGUAUGUACAUCACACGUACGUGCCCGCGCCUCCCUGCACGGAUUUCGCGCGUUGCGCCGCCAACAUGCGCGCUAUGCAACGAUUCCACCAAGAUACUCGGGGUUGGGACGACAUUGGCUACAGUUUCGUGGUAGGUUCGGACGGCUACGUGUACGAGGGCCGCGGCUGGCACUGGGUGGGCGCGCACACACGCGGCCACAACUCCCGCGGCUUCGGCGUGGCCUUCGUGGGCAACUACACUGCGGAGGUCCCGGCGAAGGCUGCGCUUCACAUCGUGCAGGACGUGCUCCCUGGCUGCGCAGUGCGCGCCGGCCUCCUGCGGCCAGACUACCAGCUGCUUGGCCACCGCCAGCUCGUGCACACCGACUGUCCCGGGGACGCGCUCUUCAACCUGCUGCGCACCUGGCCGCGCUUCGCUGCGAACGUGAAACCAAGAACAGCCAGGAGGGCCUCUAGAAGAUCCAAAAGGAAGCCACCUCCCAUGAUCCUGCCAGCCACAGACCUCCAAUAAAGAGAUGGUGGAAAGAAA